AUGUCGGAUUCCAAGUUGUUCAUCAUUCUUGUCAUUGUAGCCAUUUCCGUUCCUUCAAUUUUGGCAACAGAGUUUAAGGUUGGAGAUGCCACAGGUUGGACUCUUAAUUUCGAUUACCAAAAGUGGGCUGAGGGGAAGGAGUUUCGCGUCGGUGACAAACUUAUUUUCAAUUAUCCACAGGGAGUUCACAAUGUGAUGAGAAUAACUGAUGCAACUUCCUUCCAACAGUGUACGAAACCAGCUAAUGCUACAAUUUUAACUUCAGGAAAAGAUGAAAUUACGCUGAGUUCACCUGGAAAGAAAUGGUAUAUUUGCGGAGUUGGGCAGCAUUGUGUGGCUGGAAAAAUGAAGCUACCAAUAACAGUAUUGGCUGUAGGCGAAAGUUUACCUCCAGUAUCUGCUCCUUCUCCUUCAACUACUACUCCUUCUCCUUCAACUACUCCACCAUCCUCUGCAACUGGAAGGACGGCGUCACUUUUCUAUGGAUUCAUGGCUGUUGUGGCUGCUUUUGUUGGAUCCUUGAUGAUUUAG